UGUCCCGGAAGAAGUCAGUAGUUUGUUUAGGUUUUAUUUUUAUUUUUUCGGAUGUUGAAGCUACACAGAGACUAAACUGGCUUUGUAUCCCUGCCAUCUGAUGAACAGGGUUAGAGGGCCACCUCAACACUACUACCACUCUACCACAGAUGACAUCUUUGGCUCUGCUGUGCCAGAGUAACUAAGGAGGACUGAUGCUUCGCUUCAACAAAACAGUGGUUCUGGCCCUCCUCAUCGCUACCAGCUCUGUUUUCCUCCUAUUCCAGCUCUAUCACUACAGACAGCAUGUCUCUCAGAAUGGACCACAUAUGUUUGGAAGGACAGUUCAUCUGUCAGGAAAGGAUACUCAGUGGCAGGUGGUGAAGAAGUUCAUGGGUCUGGUCCAUAAGUACAACAUGCCAGUGUUCCUGGUGGACACAGCCUCCCUCGGCCUCCUCUCUCAGGACUCUAUGCUGCUGAGAGACAGCCUGGUUAAAGAACCCCACUGUACUUUCCUCUGCACGAACAGAGACGUCCUCACCUUCGCUCUGCUCAACAACCUUUGGAAAUACGACGCUGGUUUGGUGGCAGCAGCUGAAGAGAAGGGCUUUGAACUGUUGGAGGUGCGAGGGAAAGACCCUCGAUUGGUCAGCAUGGACGACCUAUCAGGAAACGAGAUCCCCCUCCACUUCCUGUUCCGUCUCCAAGGUUACGUGGUCCAUGUGGUGGUCCUGUACGAGCGCAGCGGGAACUACCUGUGGCAUGGCGCCCUGCGACUCAAACCAAACAUGGACAGGAAGUUCGCCCCCUUCAGAAGGCUGGACUAUGGCCGCAACGCUGGAGCCUAUGACAGGCCAGAGCUGGUACUGACCACGUUGGACGGGCUGGAUGUCCGGGUCCCCAGGAACAUCUCUGGAUUCCUGACUGAAUAUUCCCAGGCUCGUUUUCUGGAGUGUAGAUACAGGGAUGCACGCUCCUUCUUCCAGCUGUACCCUGAUGACACGUCUCCUGAGGCAAUGAACUUCAGGAUGAAGGCGAAGGCUCUGCUCCACCUAGCUGCCAGGAUCCUCACUGAGCUCCGAGUCCCCUUCUGGCUAAGUAGUGGUACCUGCCUGGGUUGGUUUCGGCAGUGUGGCAUCAUUCCCUACAGUAAAGAUGUGGAUCUGGGCAUCUGGAUUAAAGACUACAGACAUGAUAUCUCUCAUGCUUUUCAAAAGGCUGGCCUUCCGUUGAAACACAAGUUUGGAAAGGUGGAGGAUAGCCUGGAACUGUCCUUCCAGGGCCUGGAUGUUAAACUGGACAUUUUCUUCUUCUAUGAGGAAACUGAUGUUGUGUGGAACGGAGGAACCCAAGCUAAGAGUGGGAAGAAAUUCAAGUAUGUGUUCCCCAAGUUGACUCUCUGCUGGACUGAGCUGAUGGACCUGAAGGUGCGUGUCCCCUGUGAGACGCUAGACUAUGUAUCAGCUAACUAUGGGCCGACCUGGAACACGCCUGUAAAGACCUGGGACUGGAAGAGCUCUCCGCCCAACGUGCAGGACAACGGGGUGUGGCCUGUCAGGGAGUGGGAUGAGGUCAUCCAGGUGUACUGACAUACUGCUACACUACAUAUGGGGUGUGGCCUGUCAGGGAGUGGGAUGAGCUCAUCCAGGUCUACUGACAUACUGCUACACUACAUAUGGGACUACAUUGGAGUACACUGAAACCACACGGAAGAAAAUGGACUGAAACGGGGAGGGUCUAUCGAUCUGGACCGUCGAUCUGGACCGUCGAUCUGGACCGUCGAUCUGGACCGUCGAUCUGGACCGUCGAUCCUGUUUUUGUACAUUUUGCUACGGCGUGCACUAUACGACCCUGAGUACACUCUUCCGAAGUACACUACACCUGAAAACCCCACACCAAAGUAGCAACUUUACUACUAAGGGUGUGAGUCUGAGCUGGUGGCUUACCAUUGGCUUACCAUUGGCUGGUGGCUUACCAUUGGCUGGUGGCUUACCAUUGGCUGGUGGCUUACCAUUGGCUGGUGGCUUACCAUUGGCUUACCAUUGGCUUACCAUUGGCUAGUUGGUUGUGAACUGCAGACCACCAAUACUGGACUCUCUUCCUCCUUAGGACUGAAGCAACUGUCUAUUGAUCUGUAAUGUGUGUUCCUUGUUUGAAAUACUGUAUUACGUUGACAAAAAGAUGUCAUAGACAUUUUAAUAGCUACUGACAUUACUUACUACUGACAUGUUGGGUAGGGCCAUAUUACGGCCAUGCUUACUUGAUAUGGGGUUAUUACGGCCUUGGCUACUUGAUAUGGGGUUAUUACGGCCUUGGCUGCUUGAUAUGGGGUUAUUACGGCCUUGGCUACUUGAUGUGGGGUUUUUACGGUCUUGGCUGCUUGAUAUGGGGUUAUUACGGCCUUGGCUGCUUGAUGUGGGGUUAUUACGGCCUUGGCUACUUGAUAUGGGGUUAUUACGGCCUUGGCUGCUUGAUAUGGGGUUAUUACGGCCUUGGCUACUUGAUAUGGGGUUAUUGUGGCCUUGGCUGCUUGAUAUGGGGUUAUUACGGCCUUGGCUGCUUGAUAUGGGGUUAUUGUGGCCUUGGCUGCUUGAUAUGGGGUUAUUACGGCCUUGGCUGCUUGAUAUGGGGUUAUUACGGCCUUGGCUACCUGAUAUGGGGUUAUUGUGGCCUUGGCUGCUUGAUAUGGGGUUAUUACGGCCUUGGCUGCUUGAUAUGGGGUUAUUACGGCCUUGGCUGCUUGAUAUGGGGUUAUUACGGCCUUGGCUACUUGAUAUGGGGUUAUUACGGCCUUGGCUACUUGAUAUGGGGUUAUUACGGCCUUGGCUGCUUGAUAUGGGGUUAUUACGGCCUUGGCUGCUUGAUAUGGGGUUAUUACGGCCUUGGCUACUUGAUAUGGGGUUAUUACGGCCUUGGCUGCUUGAUAUGGGGUUAUUACGGCCUUGGCUGCUUGAUAUGGGUUUAUAUGGGGUGCUAGGUGGUGGUGACAUUAUGUUCAUAUUUUAUAUAUUUUAUGCCUCUUGUGUUUCAGGAAUCAUUGAUUUGCCAACAAAUCGUAUCUUAUUUUCCUUUGUAUUGAGUUUUGUCAUCGUUGUUGAAGGGAACUAUGAUCACGCUAGCCUGAGUUCUAGCCUGAGUGCCAGUCUGUCUGUGCUGUCAUGCCAACUCCUUGUCACUCAUUUAGCUUGACAAUGACAGCAUUGGAGUUAUCAAGAGAACAAACUGAUCUGGGACCAGGCUAUGCUCACCAGCUGACGACUCCAAUUUUUUUAAAUGAUUAAAAGCUUUGACAUGAUGAGACCGGUCAGAAAUAUGCAGCGUCCCAUAAAACAACCCAGACCAGAACCGUAGGCCUGAUCACAGAUAACGACGAAACAGCCUAUAGGGAGGAAGUCAGAGACCUGGCCGGGAGGUGCCAGGACAACAACCUCUCCCUCAACGACGAGACAGCCUAUAGGGAGGAGGUCAGAGACCUGGCCGGGAGGUGCCAGGACAACAACCUCUCCCUCAACGACGAGACAGCCUAUAGGGAGGAGGUCAGAGACCUGGCCGGGAGGUGCCAGGACAACAACCUCUCCCUCAACGUGAUCAAGACAAAGGAGAUGAUUGUGGACUAGAGGAAAAAAAGAACCGACCACGCCCCCAUUCUCAUCGCCGGGGCUGCAGUGGAGCAGGUCGAGAGCUUCAAGUUCCUUGGUGUCCACAUCAACAACAAACUAACAUGGUCCAAACAUACCAAGACAGUCGUGAAGAGGACACGACAAAACCUAUUCCCCCUCAGGAGACAAAAGAUUUGGCAUGGGUCCUCAGAUCCUCAAAAAAGGUUUUACAGCUGCACCAUCGAGAGCAUCCUGACUAGUUGCAUCACUGCCUGAUAUGGCAACUGCUCGGCCUCCGACCACAAGGCACUACAGAGGGUAGUGGGUACGGCUCAGUACAUCACCGUGGACAAGCUUCCUGCCAUCCAGGACCUAUAAAGACUCCAGCCACCCUAGUCAAGACUGUUCUCUCUGCUACUGCAUGGCAAGCGGUACCGGAGCACCUAAAGGCUUCUAAACAGCUUCUACCCCAAAGCCAUAAGUCUCCAGCUAAUCAAAUGGCUCCCCAGACUAUUUGUAUUGCUGCCCCCCCUUUUACACCUGCUACUCUCUGUUGUUAUCAUCUGUGCAUUGUCACUUUAAUAGCUCUAUGUACAUAUUACCUCAACUAACCGGUGCCCCCGCACAUUGACUCUGUACCAUAACACCCUGUAUAUAGCCUCCACAUUGACUCUGUACCGUAACACCCUGUAUAUAGCCUCCACAUUGACUCUGUACCGUAACACCCUGUAUAUAGCCUCCACAUUGACUCUGUACCGUAACACCAUGUAUAUAGUCUCCACAUUGACUCUGUACCGUAACACCCUGUAUAUAGCCUCCACAUUGACUCUGUACCGGUACACCCUGUAUAUAGCCUCCACAUUGACUCGGUACCAUAACACCCUGUAUAUAGCCUCCACAUUGACUCUGUACCGUAACACCAUGUAUAUAGCCUCCACAUUGACUCUGUACCGUAACACCCUGUAUAUAGCCUCCACAUUGACUCUGUACCGGUACACCCUGUAUAUAGCCUCCACAUUGACUCUGUACCAUAACACCCUGUAUAUAGCCUCCACAUUGACUCUGUACCGGUACCCCCUGUAUAUAGCCUCCACAUUGACUCUGUGCCGUAACACCAUGUAUAUAGCCUCCACAUUGAUUCUGUACCGUAACACCCUGUAUAUAGCCUCCACAUUGACUCUGUACCGGUACCCCCUGUAUAUAGCCUCCACAUUGACUCUGUACAGGUACCCCCCUGUAUAUAGCCUCCACAUUGACUCUGAACUGGUACCCCCUGUAUAUAGCCUCACUAUUGUUAGUUUACUGCUGCUCUUUAAUUAGGUUACUUGAAUAUGGGGUUACUUUUAUUGCUUAUUCUUAUCCAUAUACAACUACGUUAUUGGUUAGGGGCUCAUAAGGAAGCGUUUCACUGUAAGGUCUACACUUUUUUUUUGUGUUCGGGCGCAUGUGACUAAUAAAGUUUGAUUUGAAUAGAAUCCAACUGCUGUGCAUGACCCUGCUCUGUAUAGUUGGUACGUGGAACUGUUUUCUGUACAGCCGGAUCUAUAUGUUGCUGUAUUUCAUGGUUGUAGCAACUUCAUUAAAUAAAUAAAAAACACCUUAAAGAA